AUGCCUCCCAAGACUAAAAUGCCUCAAGACAAUAAAACGCCUCAAGACACUAAAACGCCUCAAGAAACUAAAACGGCUCAAGACAGUAAAACGGCUCAAGACAGUAAAAAUGCUCAUGACACUAAAAUGCAUAAUGACAUUAAAGAAAAUAAAAAUGCCGGAGAUGCACCCUCGCCAGGCUCGACCGUACCACAGCACUCCAACGAGUUUGUUGAGACGGUCAUGGCGAGGUCCCCGCCGCCGCCGCCGCCGAAAUCACCGUCACGAGUCCUGCUUGAGCAACAAUUGCGGCGCGCCGAAGAGCGAAGGGUACGUUUCAAGCCGCGGUGGCCGGAGAUAAAGAAGCCACCGCUAAUCUGCAAGCCGUGGAAGCCACCCGGGCCUCCGACACGAGAGCCACCACUGAAACUCGAGUUGCCCGCGUUGAAGCUGCGCCGCUGGGUGCCGCCGUACCGGCGCAGGCGCCGCCGCCGCCCGCGCAUGCUGCGCAUCCCGCCAGAAGAGAUCAAUAAAGAGUUGUAUGAGUGCGCCAAACUUAAGAAGAUUUGGCACAACUUCAGCCAAGUGGACCGCAACAAGAUGAUGCUACGUGGCAAGUUGGCCUGCAACUCCCAGCGGUACCGGUGCGGCAUCGGGAGUGGUACCCAAACAGCGUGCAUAGCGUUCGUAGCGCGCGCCCUACUAAACGAUAAGGCAGCAUCAGAACUUACUCGACGAGAUGUGGACGAAGUCAUCGACACGGGGGACAAAUUCUACCACCAGUGCAUGCUGGCCUUGAAGUGCUACAAAGGCAAGCGUGAGUUGGAGUUAAAGCAGCUCCUCACCUCCUUCUACUUCAAAGACCACAAGUACACCGUCAAGAUUGACGAGAAGGACCGAGGUGUUCUGGCCAAGCAUCCGGACAACGUACAUUCACCGCCUGAUCUCAUGGGGCUAAUGGAAAAGCGCGCCGGCACCAACUACAUGUCCAUCCUUACCGUCGGCGACCGCAAUUUCCUGAUCUGGGGGCACCCCCCACCCCCUGAAUCUGGCUCGCAGGUCAAGACUGUCUGCUACGUCUUUGACCCACACAUGCAGAACGAGAUUGGACAGCCGAAUAAACUGUAUGGUGGCGCCGCGUUCAUUCGUUACGCCGGCGUUACUUCCUUCGUACUGGACUUCGUGGCCAACUAUGGGGGGCUGGACGCCAGCAAACGGGAGUGCCCCAUGCCGCCAAUUAUCAUCACUGAUAUCGAGGUGCUAGCCCGUGAGCCUCUGAUCCGUCAGCCGCGAUACGAGCUGGAUUUGAAGGCGCUACCCGCCCAUUGCGAGUCUGAAUGGAUCAGCUUGCAUAACAACACACUCAUCGAAAAGAAACAAGGGGGACAGUAUCCACUGGAAUCCCUGAGCGCAGUUUCGCUGGCGACGUCGCGCACCAUCUCGCGUCGGAAGCUUCGAGAGUUCUAUCAGAAGGUGCCCAAAGAGCCGGUGCCAACAUUGCCAAUGGCGCCUGAGAAGGGCCCCGUUAUGCCCACCAGGGACGAGAUCAUGGGGUUCCGUGGGGAGGACUUUUUUCUGUACUGCCCGAAGGGAGAGGCGCACAUGUUUGGCAGGGACGACAUGGUCAUCCGACCCAAAUCGGACACAGUCCUGCACAGUCUGGUGGAUGUGGCCAACAAGUGCUUCCCCACGCAGUACGAGCAGCUGGACGCUGAGAAGUGGAUCCUGCGAGCCACCAGGCAUAUGGCUAGUUACAGAUAUAAGACGUUCAAGGUGUACACGGCAAUUCCGUGCUGCCUAGUCGCCCUGGCGAUGUUGCGUCGUAUCCGAGCCCGAGCGUGGAAUGAAGAUAUCCUUGAUGAGACGCUAGACCUUGGUUAUAAUGUGUAUCGGGAGUCGUUACUGCCCCGCGGUGGACCGAUCAGACGCCUGGUGCUCGGUGAGAUGGCGGAAAGUUUUCAGAUCAGAGACAAGGAAUACACGCACAAGGAACAAGGCAUCGCAGUGUGGGGUAAGCUGAUAUCGAACAACCCGAGAGUGUUUGAUCUCUGCCGAGGCCUGGACGAGUUCUUCAGAACUGCUGACUCUGGGAUACUCCAGAUACCCGGAGCCCUGGAGACGGCGAUCUGGAACGAAGGUGGCAUGUAUUAUCUGUACCACCCGUGGCCCGCCGACCGGUAUGGAAACAGGGUGAGCCUUCAAGGCGGCGGUAAGGCAUGCCUCCUCUGCUUCAAGCGGAUCAGCGGCCUCUGCGACCAUUUCCUGGCCGCCACCCGCGACCUUCGCCGGAAGCCGUUCAGCAUCAGCGCCGUGAGCGUCACGGAGCGCCCCGGGGGACCGCUUCCUGAACCCAUCAAUAACUUGAAACCGGUGGCCCAAAACCGCUGGGUGGUCCGCGGCAGCUUCCACGAGGGAGACGAACGGUUCCCUGAAGAACACAGGAACAAACAAGCCACUCCUAUAUCUAUAGCUGCUAUCGCUAUGGCACAUGUAGCGCCGAUUGAAGAGUGGACCCAGGAAGAAGUUAAUGAGACGCUGAUCCGAGGUGACAUACUCUACGAAAGCACAAUGGAGAACCUAGAGAAGAUGGGUAUCAGCAUGGACACCGGGCCGGCCGAGGGCGAGGGCGAGGCUGAAGAGGAGCCGGCCCCGGCGGGGACCCUGGCCGCUGCUGACGUCAUGACGAGGUUCAGGAUCACGGACUUUGACUGUAUAGAGACGGAGGUCGAAGAUGGGAAGUACGUUGGGUCCCUGUCGCCAUCGGAAGGAGUGCUGUCGUUGCGAGACUCCCUGAAGAAGGUCUUCGACGAAGUGUCGCACGCGGUGUUGACCGCUCGAGGCAAUUCCAUGGCGUUGAUGAAGGCUGAUAACAAGUACUACAUGUUCGAUCCACAUGCGUGUGAUGAGAAUGGCUACCCGUCAGAUGAGCUAACAUCCGCAGCCUGCCUCGUCUGCGUGGGCAGUUCCAUCGACGCACUAGUAGCCGCCAUUGAGAGUAACCUGCCUUCUGGCAGUGAUGAUACUUUCAACAUCUCGCCUGUCGAAGUUACGCAGGCUAAACUUAACAUGGAGUUGGGGGCACCUGAACCCAAAUUAGAGAGCAAGGACUUCACAUGGAUUCAGAAGCGCGCCGCAGCCAUCAUGCCCGGACCACGCGGGGAACACUCGGCGAUCGGUAAAUCUGCCAAACGGGCCGGCAUCGGGGAUGAAGACAAAGCUGGAAGGACAUUAGGGCUACCAGCUGUCGCAGCAUUCGCGGCAGCCACCGCCGCGGUACCUCCGCCACACAUGCAUCAGGACCACAUGUUCAACUUCCUAGACGCUGGCGCGGACUACUAUCUCCAGCACGUGAAGCAGACGGGCAACAAGAACAUCAACAUCGAAGACUUGUCGCAGAAGUUCGAGAUGGGCGCCAACACCUUCUCCAUCGCCCUGGAGGAAGCUUACGCGAGGCUGCCUUUGCGACUGCCUGAUGAACCCACCGGGGAAGGCGCCGAGGCCGGGGGCGGGGAAGCGGGGGAAGAGACUGAAGAAAUAAAACAGAUAAAAGACCUGAUGACCAAAAUGUGGAACGACCAGACGAAGCCGACACAGACUGCGUUACUCCUCGGUGACUACCACCAACUGGGGGUGUGGUGGUCGGCCGGUGGCCAAGUGGUCGCCUUCGACCCGGCGCCCACCAUGCCACGUCUUAUGCUCACGGAGCAUCGGAUACAGAAAGGUGACGAGAUCCGUCUCCAGCGCAUCAGGGAUGAGAUGGUCGGUGAAGCAGGGGGCGGGGGGGACGAGGACGAGGAAGUGGGGGGCGAGGGCGAGGCACAGCCGGAGCCGGAGCCGACACCGGUGCCGCGCGAGGCCACGCCGGUCCUCAUGGUCUUUGCCAGUCCUUCCGAGUUCAUUGACAAACUCACACUUCAAGGCCCCCUGGACCGCAAGCAAUGCCUGGCCCCAUACAAGCUGUACACCGUCAAGGUCAUCAACGAGCUGACCUCUCUGCUCAAGGACAAGCGACCCGCGCCCAAAGGAGGGGAGGACGAGGGCGAGGGAGAAGAGACCGAAGUCCUAGUGGAUCCCCUGAGCGACGAUGCAAUUGGAAAGUACAUGGUGCGGACGGGCCGCACGGUCGCGUCAGUCCGCGGUCGCGUCGCUCAACACGAGAACUACUUCAGCGAACCGGCGAGGGACAACCAGGACGCCGCCAUGUCAGUGGUAGCCAUCGCGGUCGCGCACAUCGAGCCAUGCCACUACUGGAAGCCAGCCCUAAUCGACGCUGUGGUCAAAUAUGGUGACCGAUUGUAUACAAUGUCGCUGGGGAGUGCGAAAAAGCCACCGCGGGUGACCACUUCAGAGUGUGUGCGGGACUAUAGGAUGACUCACUUUAACGUUACAACGACUGUAGGCGACGAUGUAGUGAAUGGCGAUCUGAAGGCAGGCGACUCCGGAUCACUACUCAAUGUGCGUCGGGCCAUCGCCAAAUUCUUUGAAUCGAACAAGUACGGUGUGAUCUGCGCGAAGGACUACUGCGUGGCGAUCUGGCAAGGAGAGGCAGGCUCCUUCUGUAUGUUCGACCCUCACUCCGUCGGGCCCACCGGGAAGGCAUCGGCCAUCGGAGGCGCUGGGCUGAUUGUCUUCAGUACCACGGAUGACCUGGCUGACACCUAUCGGGAGAAUGUGGAGGGACUGACUCGGCCAGGGAAUAACCUAAAGUUCCGUUUCUUUGACCCUCACUCCGUCGGGGCUACCGGGAAGGCAUCUGCCAUCGGAGGCGCUGGGCUGAUUGUCUUCAGUACCACGGAUGACCUGGCUGACACCUAUCGGGAGAAUGUGGAGGGACUGACUCGGCCAGGGAAUAACCUUUUCUCGAUAACUCCGAUCUCGGUUACGUGGGAGUUCACUCCGAUACCGGGCAAGGCGGUGGCACCGAGCGCCGUGCCCGACGAGGGCUAUGAGUGCAAGGUGCUGACAGCAUUCGUAGAGAUGGGAAAUGGCCGCACCAUCCUACGGGGCUCGCGUCCGCCGGACUCUAUGAGGUUCUGUCGCGAUGCAGUACUGCAGUCGGCUGCAAGUGCAAUAGUCGGUGCCUGCUUGUCGCAAGUACGUCAGCCGCAUCUUUGGACAAGGAACACCGUUGAUCAGGUGAUGUCGGAGGGAUGCAAGCUGUUCACGGCAUCCAUCAACAACCUUGGCUACGAGUUCAGACCUGGAGACGAUAUUCUUAUGCCCUUACAGGUGAUGAAGCGUUUCGUCCUGGGCUCGAAUUACGUCCGCUUCGAUCUGCAGGAGAUCUCUGGUGGACGCAUCGAGCAGUUGAAACCCGAGGGUGCCGACACGUUGAGAACGGCGAUAGCCCGUUUCUUCGGACGCAGGAACACGCACGGCAUUUUAUGGUGCGCGCCGUAUGCGGCCGCCAUAUGGUCCGCAAGGGGUCCGACCCCGCCGUACUAUCUGUUGGAGCCACACGCUGCUGGACCCACAGGCUUGAGGACGGACGGACGGGAUGUUGGAACAGCGUGCGUUCUCACGUUCACAUCUCCAAAACUCUUAGCGCAUGCCUACCUACAAAACAUUCCUACGAAAGAACGUCUGAAGAAGAACUACCACCUCUACAAUAUCUCCGUGCAUGUGGCACCCAUCAAGAAGUUAUUAAAAGAACCACCAUUAGUGAAGUCUUCACCUGAUGUUAAACUGGUGCCCGCGACUAGCAAGGUGGGCGUGGACGGUCUGCGACGGCGAGCGUCCGAGGCCGACAGAAAACAUCCGCCUGGUGGCAUCACCUGUACGGAUGCUCAGAGGGCCACGGAGGCUCAGGACAAGGAGGAAGCCAAGCUAAAGGGUCGUCGCAACGCGAACGGCUGGCUGGUGCUCGCUGACGGCUCGCAGUACCUGAGCGCGCGACACUCCAUCGCGUGUCGCAAAUUCCCUCCCGGUUCCCGUGGUCACCAGGCCUUGGCGUGUGCCGUGAUGGCAGUGGCCAUGUCCCGAGUCCAGGAUGUCUGCCGCUGGUGCUCUUCCACAUUGGACGCUGUUCUGCUGAGUGGCGACCAGCUGUACCAGGACAGUUACCUUCACUACAGGCCAAAGAACACCAAAAUACUUCAGAUAGAACAGAUCCUGCGCAAGUUCUACACGCCGGGCAACUGCGUGUGCCGCGUGGUGGUGUUCCAGCCGCGACAGGAGGGCAACGUGGACCUCGACCUCACCGACCAGCUCUCCGCGUUCUUCAGAGAGGAGAGGCACGGGGUGCUGGUCGCGGGGGAUGGGGACUUCGCUGUCGCGCUCUUCAAGACGCCAAAAGGGUUCUACAUGUUCGACGCGACGGACCGCGACCGGUACGGGCGAGCUGUACCGCCUCCCUGUAUCGGACACGCACGCGCUUGCUUCUCGCAAUAUCGUACAGUUCAAUCUCUAGCAGAGAAGCUCGGAGCCAACAUACCGCCCGUGAUGAAGGCUGAAGAGGCCGAGCGAGACAAUGCUGCAGAACCCAAAGAGUCCAAGGUAUCAUUCAAGGAGGAACCGGCAAUGUUUAAGAUUUACGGCAUGGAAGUUACGAGUUUACGAAGAUUGAACCAGUACGAGAAGUGAACAGUGAGCCAGUGGUACACAGUGAACCAAUGUAUUUCGUCGCCGUUCAUUAUGAUGCUAUAUAAAGGUGUAUCUACGGGUGUUGAGUUUGAGAAGUGAUCCAAUGGUAAACAGUGAACCAUAAUGGUGGGUUUUCUCAUGUUUGAUCAAUAAGUCGACUUACACAAAUAUUUGCACGGUUUGUUAGUUCCUAAUAAUAUUUUUGUCAAUUUAUGCGGUAAAUAUACGAUUAAUUCGUUUUAAGUCUCAAAACCAAAUGUUUUUAAAAAAUGUUGUGUUUAUGUCGUGGCCAUUUUGUAUUUGAAACAAAGUUUUAAUAAAAAAUGAAACUGAUGUGAAAAUUAUUUAUUUAUUUCUCUCCUAAUAAACUCUGAUAUUUCAAUAAAACUAUGAAAAUCUAUAUCAAAUAUUUAUUACAUUUUGUAUAAUUUAUUACAUCUUUAUUAAUACAACAACACUUAAAAUAUAGUUAGGUAAUCACACAAUUUACAAAAAUCACCUUAAAUAUUACAAUGUGAGCAAAUACCAUUUUAUCAUAACUAUCAUUGUACUUAUUACCACAGAAUAAAUAAUAGUACUAGGUAUAGGUACAGAAGAAUCACUCUCUAACAAAACGCGUCUGUUACGAUCAGCACAGAUAUGGCCGCUAGGUGGUGACAACGCCACGCGCGGCUUAUGGCUAGCCACCAAAAUUGGUGUGGAACGGAUGUACUUUUAGCUACCUGUAGCAAAGCGACGAAAUCGCGGAGUGAGCCACGCCUGUACACUUUAAUUCCUGCAAACUGUCAUUUUAUAAUAGUUUUAUCACGCAUAUUUACGAACAGUAACCAAAGCAAAUAACAUUAAAAAUAUCCAUUACAUAUCCAUAUAAUUAAUAAUUAGAUUCUACUCUUUUAGAGUCUUUGAAAAUAUAACUAGUUUAUUUAAGUAUUUGUUGAAAGUUUCGUAUUAAAUAUGUGUAGGUAUCAAA